AUGGAGGAGCGGCAACUUCCGAUCCGCCCUCUCAAUCGGCAGCUGCCGGGAGAGAUCAGUGGCUGUGUUUGGGCGCUCAAAGGCAGCUGGCCCGAGCAACUGGCCCGCACUCUGCCACUAGUUCCGGCGGGUGCGGUCCCCGAAGAUAUACGCAGUCCUGGUUUCUCCAAGGACUCCGAGUUCUGGUUUGAGGACGGCACCAUUGUGCUUGUCUCCCAGAACGUCGGCUUUCGUGUCUACAAGCAGGGACUCGCCGAACGCUCCCCACUUUUCUCUGAUCUUCUCUCGAUCCCUCAGCCCGGCCUCGCGCACUCUGAAGGAGCGAGCGACUGCCCCGUCGUCACUCUCACUGAUUCCCCUGAUCAACUGAGACACUUAUUUCGGGCGUUGUUCUCGUCCGGCGGACAUGUAUUAUCCGACAAGGAGGAUGGGACUGUGACGAUGGACGUCGUCGCCGCCAUCGUUCGCCUCUCCCACAAGUACCAGAUUGAGAGCCUCCUCGCAGAGGGGUUGUCGAUCCUCACGGAGUACUAUACAGACAACUUCAGACUUUGGAUCAAGAAGCGACGCCCCACGCGUCUACGAGCGUCCGCUCGCGAUGCCUUUACUGCCAUCGAUCUGGGCCAUCUCACCGAUACGCCCUCCAUCCUUCCUCUGGCAUACUUGUAUGCCAGCGAUGCUGGGUUUCUGGCGCCUAAAGAUGGUUGCAUUGACGUAAAUCUGGCACGCGCCCUCCUGGACAGCGGCGAAUAUGCACGCCUCGCCAGCGGGAGGGCAGCGUUCAUCCAAGCCAGCAGCGAGGCCCUCGCCCGGAUCGUCGCCCCUGAUGCUGAUUGCUACGAUCAAGAAGUCUGCGGACCCAACAUCACCUGUCCAGCGGCCGGGCUGGACCGCCUACUGCGUCGACUCUACUCGGAGCCGUGCCAGCUUCACACGUGGGCCAAUGAAUUCAAAUACUCCUCCGCCGAUUCAGACGGUGUUUCGGACGAUGGCUCGGACAAAGCCUCGGACGAGAAUUCAGAUCAACAUUCGAUCAAAGUCCUGAGCAACAAUUGGGACAAAGAUUGGGCUAUAUGUAAGGAUUGUCGGGACAUGGUCAUCGAACGGGAGCUCUAUGAACGCAAACGUCUUUGGGCGAAGUUGCCGGGCAUGUUUUCAGUCCAGGUGGAUGGCUGGUCUGCAAACUAG